UAGUACCAAAAUUAGUUUUUUGUUUGUUUAGCUACUUCAUUCUUUGUAUGUGACAGAGUUUUUGUACAGCAAUUAACUGUGACCCUUUUCUCAGACUCUAACAUGCAGUAUAAACUGUUCAUAGCAGACAUUUGAUCCUUUAAGCUUGGCCACUGCUGCCCUCUAGUGACUGGUGUUUCAAUGUUUUACAAUUGGCAUCAAUCUAAUGUGCAUUUACACAAAAAACUCACUUUCUUGAUACACACCUACUUCUUAAAAAUGCAGUUUGAACGUGCAGUAUUUGUCUUGUCUGUGCAGAGACAAAGGAAACUACCAACCACAUGAGAUUAAAAAAAAAAGCAUCCUUCCUUUGUAGUCAGAUUUUAGAACCUGAUAAACAUGCAACAACUAACAAUGGUUGAAAUGAGAUCAGAGUGAGACUUCUUUGUGUUGUCGUAGCAAAAGACCCGACACACUUCCCACAUUGAGUUAACUAUUUUUGUUGAAUCUUGAGUUUUUAAAGCUUGUCCUUCUGUGUUGCGGAGUCACAGCAGCUCCACCAAAAUGAACCAUGUUUUUUUUUUCCUCUGUUGUGUGACUGCGGGACUAGCGGACUGGUCUUCUCUCAGGACUCUAGACAAGCGUCUGGACUGCCGUCAACCAGGUCUGAAGAAAUGUGAAAUUGAAAACUGCUCAGAGAGCCACAUGAUGGUACCGAGAAAAGAAGCUCCCACCGGCCCGGAUUGGGAUUCUGAUCAUGUGGGAAUCUGGAUGGACGAUGAUGAGCCUCAUUCUGUCGUUAAUGUGACGUGGAAGCCAUUGCUAAAUGGAGGUAUACGCAAACUUCGUGGAUCAGUGAUAAGGAUUCAGGAUGAUACUACAAAUCAAAGUAUGUGUGUGCAGUAUUCUUUCGGGAUCUACAAAGUGUUCAAUCCAAGAGAAGAGAGGUGGAUUUUUUCUUUGGAUGGCGUUGUGGUUGAACCAGGUAGGACGUACACAGUGUCCGUUUUUAAUUUACCAGAACCUGAAAUUGGAGACUACAGGAUUGAAAAGCAAAUUGCCAUCCCAGGAUGUAGUGACAGGAGGAUCCAAAAGUCUCUACCGUGUCUGCAAAAUGGUAGUCUCUGGGAUCCUCACAUGAGCUCUAAUCUGUCUGUUGAUAGGGAGCAUAAAAAGUUAUCUCUUGUUUUGGGAUUUGAGGCGGCACAGUACUCAGAGAUGUACAAAGUCUCUGUGAUCCAGAGUCAUAGUUUGCUUCGCUCAGAGAAUAUCUCAAAGGAAAACAGAACCUAUCUGAAUGUGCCAUUUGAGUUUGAUUUGUGGGAGCUCUCUCAGUGUGACAUGUUGAUAACGAUUCAUCCAUUUUUCAUUCGAUGCAAGAAUGACUGUUUGAUUUGGGAGAAUACACUGAAUUACUGCCAAUAUUAUCCACCACGGACCUUGUUUAUAAAGACUGCUGUUGGGCUGUUUGUCAUUGGUGUUUUUCUUGCAUUUUUAGUGUGGAGCGCAUCUCAUGAAGAGCCUGUGAUCAUAUCCUCAUGCGCUGAUGAAGAACAGCCAGAACGUUUCAAAGUGCAGGAGAGAAAAAGAGUUCUCAUCAUUUACUCCCUGGACCAUCCUUUAUACAAAAACAUUGUUCUCAAGCUCUGUGCCUUCCUGGUGACCAAAUGUGGCACUGAAGUGGUCCUGGAUCUGCUGGACUCUACUAGACUGGGAGUGAUGGGAAGAAUCCAGUGGUUAGACUGGCACAGACGAGAAAUAGAAAGGUCUUCAGAUAAGAUACUCUUCCUGUGCUCAAAAGGAGUUCAAGCCAAAUGGCGAGCCAUGUGUGGAGACAGACAGGUGUUUCUGCGAGAGGAUGCACGCUCACUUGUAGGUGACAUGCUCAGUCCGGCCCUCAGCCUCAUGGUCCCACAUUUCAUCCGAUCUGCAUCAUUUGAAAAGUACAUCGUGGCUUACUUUGAUGACGUCUGUUCUGAGGAAGACGUGCCUUCACCUUUCCACAUUACUGUACGAUACAAGCUGAUGAAACAGUUUGAAGAGCUCUUUUUCAGGAUCCUAGACACCGAAAAGCACAAGCCAGGCAGUGUGAACCACAUCGAAGGUCUAUCAGAGGGCGAGUACCACCACUGUCCCUCAGGCAGAGACCUGCAGGAUGCCAUAGAGGCUUUUCAAGUGUACCAGCUGGAGCAUCCACAGUGGUUUGAAGAAGAGCUACUGGAGAGUUCAGAGCUGGAAGUCGAGGAGAGCUCAGCUCAGAUCUGUCAGGAAGCAAAAAUAACUACAACCUUCAAUACAGGUUGUGAACCUGGCUCUGCAGGUUGUAUCAGUCCUGUAGAGACACAGGAAAGUGGUUUUACUAUAAAUGUACUGAAUUUGAGUGAAGAGUGUCACAUGCACAUCACAGCUGAAUACAAGCCUCUUUUAAUCUAAAACCUCCAGACAGUUGAGACAUUUAACAGUUUGAUAAAUACACGCAAAGCAAGUGUUCCUUUUAUUGCUUUUUUUCUGGUUUUAUGAUGUAAACUAUUUUUCUUCUUUCCCUUUCCCCCCUUUAAAUCUCAUAUAACCUUAUGGAGUGCCAACAUCAUCAAUAAUGGUACAGCAGUUCAUUACAACAAUCUACAAAGAUCUCCUUCAAUAGAGAAUGAAGCUAAUGAGCUAUUUAAAUAUUCUCCAAUGAAUGACAAUAUCAUACAAGCAAGAAAAGAGAGAGAAGUCAGCAGUGUAAAUGUAAACAUGUAAUGUACUCAUACGACUUGAACAAAUAAAUGAGAGUCUUGUCAAA